AUGAUGGCCUUUGAUGAUCUCCUUGCUAAAAUUGAGAAUAGGAGAAAAUUCCCAGUCAUUUUGGUGCUCUUUUUGACAUUCCCUUUCCUAUUUGUAGGUAGCCUUUUUCUUCUAGAGAAUUUCACCGCCUUUAUCCCUGAGCACCGGUGCUGGGUUCACUUGCUUGACAAUAACUCUGCUUUGCUCAAUGUCAGUGAGGACCUAAAUUUUACUUCCCUGCUAAAGGUUUCCAUCCCCCUGGACUCCAAUGGGAAACCAGAGAGGUGUCGCCGAUUCUUCUUGCCACAGUGGCAGGCUUUGUUCCCAAAUGUCACAGCACAAAAUUUCAGUCAACUGGAGAUGGAGCCAUGUGUGGAUGGCUGGGUUUAUGACCAAAGCAUCGUCACUUCUUCCAUUGUGACUGAGUGGGACCUGGUAUGUGACUACUGGACAGUGAAGUCCUUGUCUCAGUCAAUAUUCCUUGCUGGGCAUCUGAUAGGAUAUGGCACCUGGGGCUAUUUCUCAGACAGGUUUGGAAGAAAAUGGAUGGUGCCUACGGGUCACCUCAUGUUGACUGUUUUCAACACUGGGACUGCCUUUGCCCAGUCGUACACCAUUUACUGCAGUUUUCGCUUCUUCCUUGGGUUUUCCAUAUCGUGCCUUUUACUUGGCACUGGGAGCCUUGCCAUUGAAUGGAUCACCAGACCGUACCGGCCUAUGGCAGUUGUCAUAAUGAGUCUGUACUUCAGCCUGGGCCAUCUGUUUCUUGGGGUGAUGGCCUACGGCAUCCAGGAAUGGCGCCAAUUCCAGCUGGCCUUGUCUGUUCCCUUCUUCGUCUUCUUCCUGACCUCUUGGUGGUGGCCAGAGUCUGCUAGAUGGCUGAUUGUCCACAACAAGUUAGAUGAUGCCUUAAAGAUGCUCAGAAAAGUUGCAAAAAUCAAUGGAAUAAAGGAUGAUACCCUGACUCUAGAGGUUUUGAAAUCUGCCAUGGAGAAGGAGCAACCUGAAACACAAACCCAUUACAACAUUUUGGAUUUGGUCAAAUUUCCUGUCUUGCGUACAAGAGUUCUUUGUCUUUCCUUUGCUGGUUUUACAUCAGGUAUGCUUUUCUACGGAUUAUCUCUGAACCUACAUACCUUGGGGCACAAAAUUCAAAAGAUCCAAAUUCUGUUUGGAGUUUCCUCCUUCCUAAGUAGGUUGGGGUACUUGUUGGUCAUCACCUACAUAGGCCGUCGAAUAUCAACAAUAACUUGCUUCCUCCUUCCUGGACUGUUGAUCAUUGCAAAUAUACUUCUGACUCAAGAAAUUCUCCGUAUCAUUUCGGCAUUGUUGGCACUUACCCUUAUUAUCAAUGCCCCUUCCUGCAUUGGUGUCUCUUCCAAUGAAGCCAUACCAACGGUAGUCAGGUAG